AUGUCUGGCUGCGGAUGCGCUUCUACCGGCUCCUGCCACUGCGGCAAGGACUGCACUUGCGCCGGUUGCCCCGUAAGUUCCUCCCCGACAUCGAUCGCACCAUCCGCCACCGGGAUGAUGUUACUGACACUCUUGUUACAGAACAAAUAA